AUGGAUCUUCACCUUCGAGCAUUUUGGCGUGCAACAGAAUGGAAAAAACGUUUUCAUGCCGCAAAUGUCUUCUUAACUGGUGUAACAGGCUUUCUAGGCUCCCAUUUAUUAGCUCAAUUACUAUCCUCUUCAAAAACAAAAAUAACUUGUCUUAUUAGAGAAUCAUCAAAUAAUGAUAAUGAAACUGUUGAAGAAAGGCUUUUAUCUACAAUGAAAAGAAAUGGGUUAUUUAAUGAAAAAAUUGGAGAAGAAAAUUUCAGAGAACAAGUACGUGUUGUUUCUGGUGAUAUUGCGCUAGUUCAGUUUGGUUUGUCUGAUGAGUUUUUGAUCAUCCCAUAA